AUGUCCUCUGCUCAUGAUGCCACCACCAAGAUCUCCAUCGACAAGUUCGACGGCGACAACUACGCGACGUGGAGCCGCUACAUGCGUGGCGUGUUCCUGACCAAGUCGGCGUGGCACGUGGUGAACCGGGAGACCACCCCCACCUUCGCCGAUCCUCGCGCCAGUGACGACUACAUCAAGACGAACAACAUUGCGUUCGGCUUGAUGCUGCUGCACAUGAGCGCGGAUUAUCAUCACGUGGUUGAUGACUGUGAAGAGGCGUGGGUCGCGUGGGCGCGUUUGAAGACGCUGUACGGCGGGUCGCAGAAGGCUGAACGCAUCUACUUGAAGCGCCAGCUGUUCAGCAUGGAGAUGGCGGAAGGCGGCAAUGUGAUGCAUCAUUGCAACGAAGUCCUCAACAUCAGCGCGAAGCUCAGCAGCAUCGGCGCCAAGAUGGAGGACGAGGACGUGGCGAUCUGCUUGUUGCGCAGCCUCCCCAAGAGCUACGAGCCGAACGUCGUUCUCAACUUGGAGAUGAGCAGCGCGGAACUGCGAUCGCGAGACGUCGUGAGAGUGCUCACGAAUGAGCACAUCAAGAGACAAGGUGACAAGACGACAUCGGUGAAGACUGAAGACGCGGCGAAGGCGUUCAGUGCCGAGCGUGAACCUCGCCAGUGUACAUACUGCGGAAAAUUGGGGCACACGGCGGAGCGGUGCUGGACCAAGCAGAAGGACGAAAAUCAAGGUGGAGCUCGACGCGGCGGCAACAAUGCUCGUGGACGCGGAGCCAACAACGUUCAGUGGCGAACCAACAGCAACUACGAUGACAACUACGAUCGAGUUGCGUUCGCGGUUUCGCUGGAGGCUGGACUUUCGACGGGCAAGAAUAUGCCAGGGAUGUGGGCAGUCGACAGCGGUGCGACGCAUCACAUCUGCAACGACAAGGCCAAGUUUGCAAGCCUGAAUGAGCGAGAGGAAGGCGAGCUAUCAGUGGCUGAUGGCAGCAAGGCUGCGAUCAAGGGUGUGGGAACCAUCAUGGAACGGGUGGUUCUGCCCAAUGGUGACGAACUCGACAUCGAGAUCAAGGACGCACUGUUCGUACCAAGUAUGAGCAAGAAUCUGCUUUCGGUGCCACAGAUCAACAAGGGUGGCAGGUUCCAAGUCGUGUUCGAUGGAUCCAAGAUGCAAGUGAAGCGCAAGAAUUCCACACAAGUCGUGGCAACAGCGGAUCUCGUCGAUGGACUUUACUGGCUGCGGACUCCUCAACGAUCGGCAAAUGCAGCAACACGCAAUGGGACCAUCGACUUGCAUGCGCGCAUGGGUCAUGCACCCCUCGAAGUUCUGCGCAAGAUGGUGGCCACUGGCAUGAUCAAGGACGCCAAGGCACCUCUCAACUCGACUGGUCCAAGUGUGUGUCGCGGUUGCCAGCAAGGAAAGAUGGUUCAAAAACCAUUCCCAACCAACCGUGACAAACGCCAAUAUGGUGUGUUCGAGUUGCUGCACUUCGACAUCUGCGGGCCAAUGGAACAAGUUUCGAUCGGCGGCAGCAGAUACUUACUGCUUGUGGUUGACGAAGCCAGCGGUUGCAUGAAGGGCUUCUGUCUGCGGUCCAAGUCUGAGCGUGAAGACUGUAUCAAGAACCACAUCAUCAAGAUUCAAACACAGUUCGGCACGAAGAUCAAGUUUUUUCGGCACGAUGGAGCGCAUGAGUUUGCGACCAACUCCAUCAAGACCUUCUACGAAGAUCAUGGUAUUGAACAACAGAUCACGGUGCCGUAUGCACACCAGACCAACGGCACCGCAGAACGCGCGAUGAGGACCAUCGUCACGAUCGGACGCAGCUUGUUGCAUCAUGCAAAGCUGGAGAAGUGUUUCUGGGCUGAAGCGGCAAUGACGGCGAUCUACAUCAAGAACCGCCUGCCUUCACCCAAGAUCGACCACAAGACUCCGUUCGAGAUCGUGUACAAGUCGAAACCAAGUGUCAAGCACAUGCGCGUGUUUGGAUGUCGGGCGUUUAUCCUGACACCAAGGGAGAAGCGAUUGAAGUGGGACCCGAAGGCUUGUGAAGGGAUGUUCAUGGGCUACGAAGAAGCGUCAAAAGCUUAUCGAGUGUACGACAUUGAGGCGGGCCAAGUGGUGAUCAGUCGUGACUGUUGUAACUUGAGCGCGAGGCGAAGAGAAAACGAAGCGGAGAGACCGGAGAGAACAAAGCAGAGAACACUUGCUCACUUGAGGGAGGAUUCGAAAGUGAUUGAUUUAUAG